AUGUUCAUAGACUCUUUGCCAGGAAGUGGUAGAUCUGCUAUCUCCGCCGUAUCGUAUCGCAUCCCUGACGGCUCCUUGAGGUCUCGUCCCCGCCGCCCCUCGUCAUAUCGUCCGCGCCGUGCCAAGGUGGACCAGACUCCUUCCUCGCGCUAUCAACCGAUCGUCGUGAACGAACGCGCGAAACGACCGACCCUUCACCCUCUCGAACCCCCUUUCCACAAACGAGAACACGACCAACUCCGUCGCGAUGGCGUCCCCGCCAAAUUAUAUGUCGCACUCCCCCACCGCGACGUCCCCGCCGUACCAGAGCCCCUCGAUCCCCGGCCCAAGAAGCGCACAGCGGGUGAUAUGCCCAACACGCCAACCCUCAAGCACCAGCUUCCCCCAGAGUCAUUUGACGACGACGCCCGCUCCCAGCGCCGCUCUCCGUCGAAGAAGCGCGGCCGCAAGAAGAAGGAUGCUGCCGCUGCCGAUGCUGCCUCCUCUAAGGAGGCCACUCCGAGUCUUGUGGGCGGCAAGGGUGGUGCGGCGGCGGCGGCUGGCGAGGAUAAGGAGGAAGAAGUGGAUGAGGACGCCAACGACAUGCACCUGCAAGACUCAGUCACGUCCGAGGAGCAGCGUAAAGAGGAGACGCGCUUGAGGGCCCUGCUCUCCCAGGCCCUCGACAAGAACCAGUACGCCCGCUUCGAGGCAUGGCGUCUAACCAGAAUUCCAGAGGCUGGUGUCCGACGUAUCAUCAACGCCACCGUGUCCCAAUCCGUCCCCCAAAACGCCGUCCUCGUCACCAAGCUCAUCGCCAAGAUCUACAUUGGCGACAUCAUCGAAAUCGCCCGCCAGGUCCAGGAGGACGGCGACCUUCCUCCCCGCGCACCAUGCCCCGCGACGACUGGCGCUCCCCUCCGCCCCGAACACCUUCAGGAAGCCCUGCGCCGCUACAAGGCUGCCGGCGAGGGCGGCCAUGUCGGCCAGCUCGGCCUCUGGCAUAACCAGCAGAACACGGGCGCGGAGCGGUACUCUACGAGGAACUCGCGUAAGAUCUUCAAGUGA